AUGGCUCCCAGCCGGCCGAUUGCGGUGGCUUCGCCGGCCAAUGGUGACCGACGCGGGUCCUUUGCCGGGCUGGUGUCGUCGCUCGGCGCGUCGUUUGUGAAUCCGUCGCCGCUAGCCCACGAAGCCGUUUUACGCGACGUGGCCAGCCUGUACGAGUCAGAGCUGGAGGCAGACGAGCGGACGGCAGAGACGGACGACGACGACCUCGCGACCGACUCGGACCUGAACUCGGACUCGGACAGCCAGCCAGACGUCGGGGCGCCCGACCUCUACCGUCGUCCCAGCGGCAUUGCCUAUGGCACCUCGCGACCGGCCAUCGGUCUGCUGGCGCCCAUUACCGGGCCACCGCUCAGCAGGCUUGAGCGCAAGGCGUCGCGUCACGCCGAGCGCAGCCUGUUGCGGGACAACCACCUGCUGCCGCCAAAGCACGCGUCCGUGGCAAAUGGUGGAGGAAGUGCAGGGAGUGUGGCUGGUGUGGCGAGCAGCAGUGCCGACGUCGGCGUGGUUGAGCAGGCCGGCCUGCUAACACGGCUCUACAAGCGCAUGUUCAGCACCAAGGUGCCGCGCAAGACGGCCGACGAGGAGCGGCUGCCACGGAUGCCGUCAAUGGCGGCCGACGGGGCGACGACGCCCUUCCUGACGCCGUCAUGGGGACAACACGCGAGCGACAGCGCCGACACGACCACCACAACGCCCACCGAACACACCGCCCUUUUGGCUGCUCCGCCACCGGCACCCCCGGCAGGCGAGCCGACCAGCCACCGACACCUCGACGAGCAGUGGGAGGCCGCCGUGGCAGCCGGCCAGAUCCACACGACGUGGCAGCGCGAGGCACAGACGAUCGCGGUUUACUCGCGCUCGCUCAUCAUCACCUUUCUGCUGCAGUAUUCGAUCAACAUCACGAGCAUCUUUGCGGUGGGCCACAUAGGCAAGGUGGAGCUGGGAGCAGUGAGCUUGGCCUCCAUGACGGCCAGCAUCACGUUCUACUCACCCGUGCAGGGCCUGGCCACGUGCCUAGACACGCUUUGCGCACAGGCAUACGGAUCGGGCCACAAGACGCUGGUGGGUCUGCAGCUGCAGCGCAUGUGCUGCUUCUUGGUGCUGCUGAUCGUGCCGUUGGAGUACCUCUGGCUACACGCGGACGGCGUGCUGGCAGCACUGAUCCCAGACCAGGAAACAGCGGUGCUGGCAGGCCGGUACCUGCGGGUGCUAGCGUACAGCAUGCCGGCGAGCGCGGUGUUUGAGUGCGCGAAGCGCUACAUGAUGGCACAGGGGCUCUUUAUGGCCAACACGUAUGUGCUGCUGAUUGCGGCACCGUUCAACGUGUUGCUGAACUGGUACCUGGUGUGGCAUCUGGAGCUGGGCUUCAUCGGGGCGCCGAUCAGCAGUGCCAUCACGCAGUGGCUGAUGCCGACGCUGUUGCUGCUGUACGUGCUCUUCAUUGACGGGUCGCAGUGUUGGGGCGGCUUCUCGCGGCGUGUCUUCAGCAACUGGGGCCCGAUGGUGCGACUGGCAUUGCCGGGCAUGGUCAUGAUCGAGGCCGAGUACUUUGCCUUUGAGGUGCUGACGCUGGCGUCCGGGCAGUUCGGCACGACCGAGCUGGCCGCUCAGAGCAUCCUGGUGACUAUCACGUCAACCACGUACCAGAUUCCCUUUCCUAUGUCUAUUGCGGCGUCGACACGCAUUGCGAACCUGAUCGGCGCCCGUCUGCCUGAGGCUGCCAAGACGUGCGCGCGCGUGGCCGUCGUGGCCGGCGUGCUGAUCGGCUUCUUCAACGUCGCGCUCGUUGCUGGCUUCCGCUACCAGAUCCCCGGCCUCUUUACCAGCGACCCCGACGUGGCCGCGACGGUGGCUCUGGCCAUUCCCAUCUGCGCUUUCAUGCAGGUCUUUGACGGGCUCUCGGCCGUGGCCAACGGGCUGCUUCGCGGCGUCGGCCGCCAGGAGAUUGGCGGCUAUGCCAGCCUGGCAGCCUACUAUCUGAUCGGACUGCCGCUGUCCUUUUACCUGGCCUUUUACCGCGACUGGAAGCUGCCGGGGCUGUGGGCGGGCGUGACGCUGGGGCUUGCGCUUGUCUCCAUCGCCGAAUACCGCUAUCUCUACAAAUACAACUGGCAGAACGCCGUGGAGGAGGCCGAAGAGCGGAAUGCGUCUGUCCUGAUAGAAACGAUCAAGAACAUCACACGAGGCGACUGGAAGGUUCUCGUGCUCGACGAAAACACCAAGAAGAUCAUCGACAAUGUGGUCAAGGAAGAUGACAUACUCAACCAGAACAUUGCCAACAUCGAGCAGAUCGAGGAACGGCGCGAGAAGAACCCGACGAUGGACGCGAUCUACCUGAUCUCGCCACAACCGCAUAUUGUCGAGUGUCUGCUGGCCGACCUGGACCGAAAGCGAUACCGGCGGGCGUUUGUGGUGUGGUCGUCGGCGCUGGACGGACAGCUGCGCCAGCGCAUCGACUCGGUGCCGGCAGCACGGCAGCUGAUCGCCGGCAUCGAGACGCUGGCCAUUAAUUUUUUCCCGCGCGAGUCGAACCUGGUGACGUUCCGCGACCCGUGGAGCUUCCCGGUCCUCUUCCACCCGGACUGCAACGGCAUGGUGCGACAGCACAUGGAGGACCUGGCACACAAGAUUUCGAGCGUCUGCAUAUCGUCGGGAGAAUACCCAAAGGUGCGCUACUACCGGCCGCGGGCACCGCUGCAUGAGGCCAGCGUGCUGUGCACACAUCUGGCACGGUUCGUGCAGGAGCAGCUGGACGACUACGCACGGCAGAACCGCGACUUCCCGCCGCCAUCGACGCGGCCACAGAGCGUGUUGGUGAUCACGGACCGGUCGAUGGACCUGAUGGCGCCGCUGGUACACGAGUUUACGUACCAGGCGAUGGCGCACGACCUGCUGCCGAUCCGGGAGGGCGACCGGACGCUCUUCCACAUGAUCAUCAACGAGGGCACGGCCACGGCCGAGGAGAAGGACAUGGAGCUGCAGGAGAAGGACAGCGUCUGGGUGGACAACCGGCACCGGCACAUGAAGGACACGAUCGACAAGCUGAUGGGUGACUUUCAAAAGUUCUUGGACCAGAACCCGCACUUUACGGACGCGGCCGCCGACACGACGAACCUGAACGCGAUCAAGGACAUGCUGGCGGGACUGCCGCAGUUCCAGGAGAUGAAGGAGGCAUACUCGCUGCACCUGACGAUGGCACAGGAGUGCAUGAGCCAGUUCCAACAGCACAAGCUGCCGGACGUGGCCUCGGUUGAGCAGACCAUGGCUACGGGGCUGGAUGAGGACUACCGCAAGCCGCGCGACCUGCUGGACCAGGUGGUGCGGCUGCUGGACGACGAUGCCAUCCUGAAGGAGGACCGGCAGCGCCUGAUCAUGCUGUACGUGCUGUACCGCGACGGCGUGGUGGCCGAGGACGUGCGGCGCCUGCUGGCACACGCAGGCCUGCCGCCAACCACUUUUGACAGCAUCGUCAACCUAGAGCUGCUGGGCGGCCGGCCGGUGCGGGCGAACCUCAAGGACGUGCGCCAGCCUCCGCCACAGGCUCUGUUCCCGGUCGACCCCAAGGUAGCGCUGGCAGCGGCCCAGGCGGCCGGCGAGGACGGCUAUGCGCUCUCGCGCUUCGAGCCGGCCGUGCAGCAGCUUCUGGAUCGUCUGUGCCGCGGCCAGCUGGACCAGGCCGUGUUUCCGUACGUCAACCCGCCGGCUGACCCGAAUGAGGACGCGGCGCUGGCGGCCGCAGCCAUGGGCUCUCUGCGAGCAGCGAAGCCCAGUUGGGCCGGCACCAAUCGACGAGUGCCCGACAAUCGCCAGCGUGUCUUUGUGUUUGUGGCCGGCGGCGCCACCUUUUCCGAGGCUCGUGCCUGUUACGAAGCCUCGACUCGCCACGGCCGCGACGUCGUUCUGGCCACGAGCCAUAUGCUGACGCCCAGUUUGUUUCUGCGCCAGCUCGCCGACCUCUCGGCCGAUUUCCGCAAGCUCGACAUUCCCCUGGCCCGUCCUCCGCCCAAGCCGCCGGCACAUCUGUUUGAGCGCGACCCACCGCCAAAGCCGCAGCCACCGCCACCACAGUCGCUGCCAGCUCGGCCUGGCGUGGGUGUGGGCGUCGGCGGCGGUCCGGGCAUGGCAGGUCGAGCACCAUCACGGCCUGGUGGUCCAGUCGGACCGGGUGCUCCGGGUACUUCGAGUGGUGGAGGACCACAGCCGCCGACCAAGCAGUUUGGCCAUAUGGCGCUUGGUAGCGGCGGCAGCAGCUCGCAUCUCCCGGUCAACGGUGCAGGCGGCGACCAUAAGCCGCACAAGGACAAGAAGAAGCGGAACCUGUUUGGACUGAAGAAAUGA